AUGUCAGCCAAUGAAAGUACAGCUGAGGCCACCUAUGAGGCCGGCUGCCAUUGUGGUUAUAUCGGCCUCUCUGUGACAUUGUCACCUCCUCUGCCUGAGCAUCAAGUUACAAACUGCAAUUGCUCUGUCUGCCGUCGAACAGGUUACCUUCUUGUUUACCCAAAGUACGAGAAAGUUGAAUGGCACAACGACUCAGAUAAGCGAGUCUCUCGAUACUUGUUCAGUACUAAAACUCGCGAUCACAUGUUCUGCCCCAAGUGCGGUGCUAGUAUUGGCAUUGAUUUUGGCAAGACACGACCCGAUGAUCCUCUCUAUGGUAUCAGUGUUCGACAGUUCAACAACAUUGAUCUAGACUCACUUCGAUAUGAGAAGUUUGACGGUAUGCAGAAGUUAGGAAACGGCGUUGAUUUAUCUGGUACAGAAAUCGACCCAAAGACAGGCGAGCCACUUGCUUCUGCUUCUACUUGA